ACCACCACGUGAUCACAACCACGUGACCACAACGGACCCUGGCCGUGCAUUUGUUCCGCCAAGCUACGCAGCGACAGCGCACACGCCAUGUCGGGAGUCCCACCAGCGCCGAGCCCGGCCCCGAAGCAGGAGGGCAACAACGCCGCUGCUGCCGCCGCUCCGGCCGCAGCUCCAGCCGCAGCCGCAGCCGCAGCCGCAGCCGCAGCCCCGGCCCAGUCUUCGGGAUCGCCGAACCCCGCAUCUAACGGCACCACGCCGGCACCGUCGACGGGCGCCGCGGCCAGUUCGACGUCCAGCGCGGCCACGUCCAGCGCGGCCCAAGACGACAGCCUGACAUGCAAGUGGUCCGAGUGCAACGAGCAGUUCACCUCGGCCGAGGCGCUUUAUGAACACAUCUGCGAGAAGCAUGUCGGCCGCAAGAGCACCAACAACCUCAACCUCACCUGCCAGUGGAAUCAGUGCCGCACCACGACCGUGAAGCGCGACCAUAUCACGUCGCACAUCCGCGUCCAUGUGCCGCUCAAGCCGCACAAGUGUGACAUGUGCGGCAAGUCGUUCAAGCGGCCCCAGGAUCUCAAGAAGCAUGUCAAAACCCAUGCCGACGACUCGGUCCUGAUCGGCGGCCGCGGUCCCCAGGACCAGCCCGGCGCCAUCAACCCGGCAUACCGCCCCCACCCUGGCAACAAAGGUCCCUCCGGGUUUUACGACCACAAUGGCCACAUGCGGGGCGCGAACUCGGCCCCCUUCGGCCACCCGCCUCAGCACGGCGGCCAGCCGAGCUACUACGGCCAGCACCAGCAGGCCCCGCCGCCGUCGUACGGGCAGCAGCACCACAUGUACUACUCGCCGGCCAUGGCCGGUUCGCGUCCCGAUUACAUGGGCCAUCAAGCCGCCGGCUUCAACGACGCCGCUCGGAAGCGCGGUUUGGAAGAGCUGAACGAGUUCUUCGGCUCGGUGAAGCGCCAGCAGGUGGACCCGCGGUCGUAUGCGCAGAUCGGCCGCUCGCUCAUGCCCAUCCAUUCCACUCUCGGCUUGCACGCCGGCGGCGGUCUGGUCGCCGAGUACAUGCCGCAGGCGCCGCACACGCUUGGUGUCGGCGGCGCUUCGCACGGCCCGCUCACUCAACACUACUACCUGCCUCCCAUGCCGAACGUCCGCACCAAGGAGGACCUGCAGCAGAUCGACCAGAUGCUCGAGCAGAUGCAGUCGACCAUCUACGAAAACGGCUCGUCUCAGUCUCACCACUACGUCAGCGAUCUGCGGUCUCCGACGUAUGCGCCGCGCACCGCCGUGGACGCCUACGGCCCCACGACUGCCCAGGUCGUGUCUCCGCUCAGCGCGCCGACCCACUCGGCCGGUGGCACUCCCGCCGUCACCCCGCCGUCGAGCACCAUGUCGUACACGUCCGGCCACUCGCCCAGCGCGUCGUCGGCCGGCAUGUCGCCGACCUCGCGCCACAGCUCCACCUCGGUCUCGUACCCGAGCCUGCCGAGCCGCCCCAACCUGCCGUUCCCGUCCGCGGCCGGUCUGGGCUCGAGCUUCGCCCACAGCGAGCGCCGCCUCUCGGGCGGCAUGCUGCAGAGCGCCAGCGGCGCGCGCCGCGACGGCGACCGGACCCCGACGCCCAAGGCCGCCGACGGCCCCGCCGUCAGCUCGCCGUCCGAGGCGUCCGAGGCCGGCGAGGGCGAGAGCUACGACGACUGGGUGCAGCACAUGCGCACCGUCGAGUACCUGCGCGCCUACGUGCGCCAGCGCCUCGAGCGCCACGACUACGAGGAGGACUCCGACAGCGGCCGCACCCCCAUCGACAACAGCCGCAUCGACCCCGCCCUGCACGGCGACCGCGACCGCCCGGCCGAUCGCGUCGCCUACCCGUCGCUCCCGCCGAUGCACUAAGGCGGUUUGCCGCGGGAUUACCGCUAAGGACGCGACGCAGGCGAAAAGAAAAGGCUUCGUGUCGAUCGAGCAACAGU